AUGGUUUCUAAGCAAACGUAUGCUGUUGUUGUGGUCAUCGUUGUUGUCCUUCCAUCAGUAGCUUUGGCCAAAGAAUAUGUGGUCGGUGAUGACUACGGGUGGACCAUCGUAUACGAUUAUGAAGCCUGGGCUGCUGGCAAAGAUUUCAGGGUCGGGGAUAAGCUCAUUUUUAAUUACGAGCCCGGAUUUCACAAUGUCUACAAGGUCAGUGGGGCUGCUGCCUUCAGGGACUGCACUGUGUCGCUAGCGAACGUGCCUCUCACCUCCGGAAAUGACGUAAUCACCCUUGAAACCCCCGGCAGGAAGUGGUACAUAUGUGGAAUGGACAGGCACUGUGAGAAAGGCCGCCAGAAACUUGCGAUCACCGUCAACGACACGCUAGUCUCAGUUUUGCCACCUCCAGGACCUCCUAGUUCGGCAAAUGGGAUCGUGGCAACAAGAUAUCAGGCCUUGAUGGUCGGCAUAGCUGCCAUUGUGUUGAUGAUUAUGGUUUGA